CGUGGUUAUUCAUCAAAUCAACAAUCUCGAACGACAGAACCUUAAGGGUGCCUCUGGCGACGCUCGUGAAGGUCAAGCAGGUCAGGAUACCGAUGAGCCCUCGGAGCAGGGAAGCAAUCUUCCUAGUGGAUAUUGCGAGAUUAUCGUCAAUGAUGAUAUGGUUUAUAAGACGCGCGUUAAACAGUAUACCAGCAUGCCCUUCUUCGAGGCUGGGACCGAGGUCUUUAUUCGCAAUUGGCAAGAGACUGUUGUUCGUGUCGUUGUUCGUGAUUCGAGGUUGCGCGAGAAAGACCCCAUCCUGGGUAUUGUGAACCUUCCUCUUGCCGAAGUCCUCAAGGAAGGCUCUGAGGUCACGCGUCUUUUCUCAAUUCAAGAAGGUGUUGGAUUCGGGCGUGCCAAUAUUUCUGUCCUAUUCAAGGCUGUCGAUGCCAAACUCCCACCGCACAUGCUCGGCUGGGACACUGGAACUGUCGAGAUCCUGAAGCCCAUCGAAGUCAGCAUCGAGCCGGAACACCAAAGCUCUUUCUCGCUCUCCAAGCAAUCCCUCGUCGUUACUACCACUGACAGUACCGAAAAGAUUGGGUCUCCCGUUGGCGACUCGGAUAAUGCACGAAUCAUUUGGAAUGUGGAUACCGUUCGACUCCCAGUAUAUAGCCGAUACACCUCAUCCUUGACUUUCGAGAUUGGCAGUAAAGGUGGCGUUGGUCCCAUGAAAGGCAAACCAUCCGCUUUGGCAAUCAUUUGGCUCCAGGACUACUUGGAUGACGAAGAGAUUGAUAUCAAGGUUCCGGUAAUUGUCUCGAAGGACUUGAAGACGCUUAGGCAGAAUUAUAUCAAUGAGCAUACGGCAAAGGGCCAUGAAUACAAUAUCGUCGGAUGGCUUACUACUAGGAUUAGAAUUGAUACGGGUCUGGAUCCUGACCACGAGAAGUAUGCCAAGUCUCAAGCUAGACGACACACCUAUGAGGCCUAUGAUCAUAUCGAAGGUCAAGCGCUCAUCGCUGAACGCAACGCUCAUGCAUACGAUGACGGCGUCAUCGACAAGAAGGAGAAGAAGGCUCUUGAGGCUGCGCAUAAGAAGCAACUCCAGAAUCGUCAUCGUGGCAUCGCACAAUUCCGCCCAUACAGAACUGCAAUCUGGAUGAAGGAGGGUAUCAAGAAGAGAGUGAUACCCAAAAAGAGUAACGAAAAACGUGAACGUGCGUGCAACCUUUUAUGCAUCUACUCAUCAACCACUAAUGCCCGUAUUUCACCAGCCACCGUCAAGCUCAAUGUAAAUCAACGAGCGUGCCUAUUCUCCACGUCAAUCACACGGCGAAGCAGCACUUUGCCAAAAACCAUUCGACAACUCAUAGAGGAAGGAAAUAAAUCAGUUCAAAAUGAGAAGAUAUCGAACUUGGAAGCGAUAAAUUCAACAAAAGCACAGGAUUCUGUCAUCCACGGCUGGGUCAAAUCCGUCAGAAAACAGAAACAUGUCGCAUUCGUCCAACUUUCCGAUGGUACUGAACGAGGGUCGCGUGGUCUUCAACUAGUUUUUGAGAAUCCUUCAUUGGUUGACGGACUGACUAUGGGCUCGAGUAUCAAGGCUACCGGAUCUCUUGUGAGAAGCCUCGGAAAAGGGCAAGAAUUUGAGUUCAAUGCUCGAGAUAUCGAGAUAGUGGGAGCGUGUGAUCCAGAGAAGAGUCAUACAAUAGAGUACCUUCGAGAACAUGCGAACUUUCGUCCUCGUACGGAGGAAAUAGCACGGAUGCUCAAACUACGACAUGCUGCUAAACGUGCCUUUGAAGAUUAUUUUGAUAAACAUAAUUUUACUUAUAUCAAUACCCCGUUGAUCACAACAAACGAUUGUGAAGGUGCAGGAGAAGUGUUCCAAGUAAUCCCAGAUACGAGCGCAGAGCCUCCAACGACCCCAAGUCCUGAUACGAGUUCCGAAUCAUCUCCUCAUUUUUUUGCCGACCCCGCCUACCUGACAGUCUCGUCUCAACUCCACCUAGAAGUGUUUGCAUCAGCCUUCUCUCGCGUCUAUACACUUCAACCGGCAUUCAGGGCUGAGAGAUCGCAUACUAGUCGCCACCUCUCCGAGUUUUGGAUGCUGGAGGCUGAAAUGGCAUUCAUGAAUGGACUGGAGAACGUGAUGGACGUUGUUGAGGCAUCUAUCAAGAAUGUUUGUGAUGAUGGCCGAGUUCGAGCUUGCGCAGCGUCGGAAGAACAGCUGUUAUACCUCGACAGUUUGAGGGCGUCCAAAUGGAAACGGAUUACAUACACUGAAGUGGUUAGCAGUCUCCGUAGCGCGCUCGGAGAUAACACCAUCCAAUGGGGAGAGUCUAUCUCGACGGAACAGGAGAGAUGGAUUGCGGACGAAAUUGGAGAAGGACUUCCCGUGUUUGUGACGGACUACCCGAAGGACUUGAAGCCGUUCUACAUGAAGCCGAAUCCCCUGACAGAGAUGUCACAAACAGUCUCUUGCUUCGACCUCUUGGUUCCAAGAGUUGGUGAAUUGGCAGGUG